AGGAAAAGGAGAUACUGGUUGAACUUGAACAACAUCAACUACCUUCUCAACAUUAAUAAUCCAGUUCUUUACUUCUUUUGACAUUUGAUCUUAACAUCCAAAUAUCCAAUUCCUGACAAAUAUAUCUAAUCCAAGCACACAACUAAACCGAAAAUUCUUCUUUUCUCUGUCUGUCAGAAGAGAAAUAGAGAGAGAGUUUCUGGGUUUUCGAUUUUCUGAGUUUUCUUCGGUGGUGUAAUUGUUCGUUGCUUCAUGGUGGGUUUCUCUCCCACUGUACUAUUUGGAUAACCUGUAGGCUAUAGCACAUUGCACACAAGGUGUUCGGCGAAAUGCCUGAACAAUGUUCUCGCUCAUUGCAGCAACUUCUGUCGAUUUCAAGCUUUCUUAUCAACCCAUCUCGUAUUUAAACUCACCUAGCUUCUUUCCCAUCGUUUUGGUCAUAAGCCCACUAAAACGACACCAUCCGUUGCGUUCCAAGAGGAAACAUCUGAAACAGAAGAAGCAAAAUCAGUUCUUGUUUGAGUUUUCUGGCUUUUCAGGGUCUUUGAGAAUGUGUAAGAGUUGGGAAGGUGAAGGUGACCCAGCUUUGGAGCUUGAAGUUUUGGAAUUCAUGAAAUUUUCCAAAAACCCACAAAAAUUUCCAAGUAAAAGGGAACUUAUUGAUGCUGGGAGGAUGGAUUUGGUUGAGUUAAUUAUGAAGAAAGGUGGGUGGAUGACAAUUGGGUGGGGAGAUGAAGAUGAGAGAGAGAUUAGUGAAGAUGGGUUGGGUGAGUUUUGCUUGGAAAAGUAUGGUAAAAAUGGUUCUGAAGGUGAGAAAAGAUGUGGGUCAGAAUCCAAUGAAGAAAGGCAUAUUCAAGGUACAAACUUUUUGGGGAAUUCUUCACAAGCUGCUUCAUCUUCUGGUCGAUCAGUAGAUUUACCAGCAGAAGAUGAUAAUGGGAUUGAGGGAAUACUGCGUCGCUUGGAGAAGCACAGAAACCUGAGUUUUGGUUUUAAGUUGGGGAGAAAUAGUUCCACUUCGGGUUAUGUCAAUGGAAAAUCUGGUGAUAACAAUCAGAACGAAAGAAUACGGAAGGAUGUAGACAGUUGCCAUCCUCAAAAACGCGAACCUGCAUCAUUGAGCCAUGACAGACCUAUAUUCGGUGGCAGUGGCUUGAAUAGAUCAUUUACCAAUGGAUUAAGUAGUUCUCUGAAUACGGGGGCUUGGAGAACAUGGAGUAAUCAGAGGGCUGGCUUUUCAGACAUUGAAUUUGAAGCUGGUGAAAUCGACUUUGGUGCAUACACUAAGCAAGGGAUAGGGGAUGAGUUGAUGAGUGAAAUAGUUGCAGUCACUACUGAUAUUAGGGGAGCUCAAGAUGAGACAAAAGAUUUAGUUUCUUAUAAUAGAGAAAUUAUUCAAGGUGAUCUAAAAAAUCGCCUUCAGCAUCUUGAAGUGGAGCUUUCUUCAGCACUUCGCUCAUUAAGGUCAAACAUCAGCGAGUUGUCUGGAAAGGCCAAGGAGCACUUACCCGAAGACUUGAGUGAACUUUCUGAUGUUUCAGAGUUCCAGGAAACUGAAAUCAUGAAUGCACAGGACAAGUUGAGGACACUGCGUGCGAAGCUAGCAGUGUUAGAUGGGAAAAUGUCACUAGCAAUAAUGGAUGCACAGAAAAUAUUGGACGAGAAGCAAAAAAGGAUUGAUGAUGCUCGUAGAGCUCUUCAACUUCUUCGUACCACCUGCAUAGUGUGGCCUAAUUCUGGAUCAGAGGUGCUGUUGGCAGGUUCCUUUGAUGGAUGGGCUACUCAGAGGAAGAUGACAAGGUCAAGUACUGGCAUUUUUUCUGUGUGCUUGAAGCUCUAUCCUGGCAAAUAUGAGAUUAAGUUCAUUGUUGAUGGUGUUUGGAAGGUCGAUCCCCUUCGUCCCAUAGUGAACAACAAUGGGUUUGAGAACAAUCUUCUUACUAUCACUUGAAGUUGAGGAUAGAGCAGAUAUUGAAAGAGCUAGGAUAGCGAUUGAUCUGGGAUUCAACAAUAUUUCGAGAGACGAAAAGGAGAGCAGACUCGAGAAAGAGGCCUUGGUCUAUUUGGAAGUUCUGAUUUGGAUUCUCAUUUGCCUGAGGCUGAUGCAAAUACUAGCACAGACAAACCAUUGUCAUCUUGUAGAAAUUAGUAUUUCAGGCUUGUAUAUACUAGCACUCAUGGCAUUCUCUUAGGAUAACAUUCUACCACAAUUUUCCCGUCAUGCCAUUAAUUCUUUCUUAUAUCCCCUAACUUCAUUUUUCAUAUGUUCUAGUAAUUUUAUAUUUCGCGCUCAACA